AGUAGAGUCGAAGCCGACGUUGGCAUCAUGAAUGUAACCUAACACAAUAUAGAAACCGUACAAGGAACUGUUAUGUACUAUAAACAUAGCAUUUCAAGGUCUUCUUCGAGUCCAUGGCCAUUUUGGCUGACGGCUACAGUUCAAAGUUAUCUUUUUACAAACUAAAGACAGACGUGUUCCAACAACUACGCAGCUUACAUUUUACUAUGGAACCAGAAGAGUGGUCAUCUUGGGACAAGCAAAAACUAGAAGACGAAUAUUCGCCUAGCAAAUGGUCUCUUAGAGGGCCAGCGGAUUGGGUUCUGGAUCACCAUGUUAAACUAGUAACUCAAGUUAGUACUCAGGUGAAACAAGAAGUUUCUUGCCAAUUGGACAUUUCCUACGGGAUACGGCAAGGGGAGAAAUUUGACAUUUUUGGGGCCGAAGAGUUACCUAAAGAUGCACCGGUAUUUGUCUACAUUCAUGGAGGCUAUUGGCAGGCAUUGGAUCGCAGCAUUUCCGCCUAUAGCGUUGCUCCACAGCACAAAGCUGGACAUGUUGUUGCAAUUAUUGGAUAUGAAUUGGCUCCGAAAGUUUGUUUAAAGGAAAUUAUAUUAGAAAUCCAGCUGGCUGUAUCAGCUAUUCUGAAAUGGGCUGCAGAACGUGGUUCAAGGUCUGUAGUGAUUGCUGGACAUUCAGCUGGUUCCCAUUUGGCAGCAAUGUUACUCCAUGAUAGUGAAUGGCAAAAUAAAGAACCCAAUUUGAACUUUCUGCAUGGUAUGGUGCAUAUUAGUGGAGUAUUUGAUGUGGUUCCCCUGAUUGACACAACCAUGAAUAUACCUCUACAGUUAGACAGGGACGCAGCGAAGAGCCUUAGUCCUCUGCGAUGUUUUAGCCAAUCGAUGGAAAGAGUUCGUAACAUAAAACAGCUAUUGGUGGUAGGGGAAAACGAUCCUCCCGAGUUCAAACGUCAAACAUUAACGUACGCACAGGCUCAGAUGCGUGCUGGAUUCACAGAUGUUCACUGUAAAGUGAUGGAUAAGUUAGACCAUUUUGAUAUCGUCGAAAAAUUGCAAGAAGAGGAAUAUGUACUUACGCGUUUGAUAAUUCAGCUGUUGUCCUGCACGCAACUAUGACAGAUGUAUUUUGGCUCGUUGACUUUGGAGCAUUAUAAAAGAAAACAUCAAGUUUUUA